GGUCAUGCCGUUGACGAUAUAAAUCACGAUGCUCAUAAGCUUCAUGACAUUAAUUUAUUACGCACUCGACGGCAACUGUGUAACAGCCACUACAGGAGGAUUGAAGUGGGUAAAAGUCACAGUUCCACAGUUCAGGGCACCAGGAGAGCCUGCGAUGUUAGAGUGCGAUUAUGACUUAGGCAAUGACACUCUCUAUUCCGUUAAGUGGUAUAAGGAUCAUGAAGAGUUCUACCGGUUCGUCCGUAAAACGCGCCCUCCUGCUCACAGCUUCAAAGUCGAGGGCGUUGAAGUCGAUAUGGAUUCUUCAAACAGCACGAGGGUUUUUCUACGCUCAGUGAGUAUCAAAACGAGUGGCUUGUUUCGAUGUGAAGUGUCUGCUGAGAAACCAUCCUUCUCAUCUGCACAAGCUGAAGCGCGAAUGGAAGUCCUAUCGCUUCCUAAAGAAGAUCCUCAAAUAACAGGUGUGCAGGAUCAAUAUCAAGUUGGAGAUGAAAUAAACCUUAAUUGCACCUCUGGUAAAAGUCAUCCUGCUCCGGUCUUACUUUGGUUCAUAAAUGGAAAUAAGGUCACUGGCAACUCAAUACUCGUACAUUAUCCUCCAAUAUACUUCAACGAUGGUCUCGUAUCUAUGACAUUAGGACUGCGUUUUACCCUAAGCAGUGUUCAUUUUCAAGGCGGUUUAAUGAAAGUAAAAUGUAUUGCUUCCGUUUCUCCAGUACUGUGGCGUGGUGACCGUGAAAGUAUCGUGCAGAGUUUGCCCAUCAAAGAUAUGAGGGAGGCGUUAUUGUUAGUAACCAGUUCAAAGGGUAAUCUAGUGUACCCUGCUGCAGCGUUGAUCUUCAUCUGCUUCACGUUCAAGGUAGUCCCUUUUUUAUAGUGAUUUCUUCAACUACUAAGAGAAAUGUGACAGUGAAGUGACUAAAAGGUUCAUACCUACACCAUCAAACAUGAAAGAGUGAUGUAAGAGCUAACAGAAAGGUGAUUCCAGUUGGAUUUUUAAUAGUGUCCUGUUUGACCUUUAGGUGCAAUAUUUCAUGCGACUUAGAAUAAAUUGGCUUCUAAUUAGUUACUACCAUAUGCUUUACUGUAAAUUAAUUAUAAAUGUAAUUGCAUCCUGUACGUAUUGCAAAACCUAUGCAUUAUCACGUGCUGCCUAAAUUGUUCUAUUAUGUAAAACGUAGUAUGACAAAAUAAAUUUCGUUAUUUUUUA